AUGACAGCGAUUGGUGUGCCGAUUAAAAUCCUUCAUGAGGCCGAAGGUCACGUUGUUACUUUAGAGACUACGAUUGGAGAGGUCUACAGGGGGAAGCUAAUUGAGGCAGAAGAUAAUAUGAACUGCCAGAUGUGCGAUGUUAACGUCACUUUUAGAGAUGGGAGGACGCAUAAGUUGGAAAGCGUUUUCAUCAGAGGUUCACAGAUCAGAUUUAUGAUACUUCCGGACAUGUUAAAGAAUGCCCCAAUGUUUAAAAAUAUUGGUAGAGCUCAAAAAGGUGCUGUUGGUAUGGGAAUGGGUGAUAACCGUGACGGAAGAAGUGGUGCCAUGCGAGGAGCUCCUCGUGGAGGCCCGGGUGGUGUACCUAGACCUGGUGGUUAUAGAGCUUAA